UUUGCUUCUUGAAAUGGAUAGGGUGAUUAUGAUGACGUCCCGUGCGGCCUUAAGUAAAAUUAGAAUCAUUAUCACAGCAAUAAUAAACAAAAAAAACUCAGUAGGCUGAAUAAGUAAUCGACAUUGUAUUUUACCCACAACCUCAAACAUGAGCGCUUCCAGUCUUAUCCGCCCGGGACUUACAACGGCCAUCGUCGGUCACCUACCCGCCAUCAAGUCACGCCUUCGGAAAAAAGUGCCUCUACUGACUUUUCAAGACGUUCGACGCGCACGAAUCCCAUUCUACGAGGCCCUGGCCAGCGAGCUGUACGAAGGUGGCUGCCCAAAUGCGGCCUUCCUUCUGCUUCAGUUGAUUGAAUUCGAGCACGAUCAUGUCCCACCGACUUCGGACCCAUCAAUCGAGGAGAAACGUUUGAAAAAUUCUAAAAAUUUGCUCAAUUUCCUGUUUAAAUCGUUAAGAGAAGCCGAGGGCCAUAAAAACGAGCAGCGCUUUGCCGAUGAGGUGGAACACCUGUUGAAGAUCGGUCGAUCGUUUCAGGAUGAUGCUCAAAAGCGUUGGAUCGCGCGGCAAUUCUUCCUAAUUGGACUGGAUCGAUGCGCGGAUUGCCAGUUGGAAGGAAGCAGGAUCGGAACAUUGGUGAAAUAUUAUUACGGAUCGUUUUUGUUAAAAGAUCAAAUUCUGGAUGAGGCUGUACAGAUGCUGGAGUCGGCAGAAAGCUGGGCAAGUGGUAAAAGUUGGCCUUUGGACGAAGGGAAAGGCAUUUUCGGCUCGCAGUUGCUGAUUAGUGAGAUCUAUCAUCAGCUGUUCUUGGCAUAUUCGGCAAUGUGCGAGCGGUAUAAGCUCACCGAUGCGAUGCAGUUUGACUUGUACAUACAGUUGAGCCACGAAGCAGCUGUAAAAUCAAACCUGGACGCCGUCCUUUGUGAGUCGUACAUAAAAUACGGGGACUUUCAACUUGACCAGGGAAAUCAUCGCGAAGCUCUCAAUUGCUACAAACAAGCUUCGAAAAAGGCGAGAAGCACUAACGCUUUGGACAAAGUUUGCAAACUCAACAUUCGAAUGGCGGCUGCUCAUCGAAGUCUCAAUGAAAUGAAAGAUUGUGAGAUUUUGCUUAGGAAUGUAGACAGCAUGACAUCUUGUGACCGGAAGUCCGAAUGCUACGCCGAAUUGCAAUUGCUAAACGGUGAAAUCCAUUUCUGGAACGGAAGGCUGCCGGAGGCCUUGGAAGCCUUCAACGAAGCCCGAGACGUCUACAAGCAUCUGCAGAUGGAGAGUAAAAUGAUUCAAGCUUGUUGCUUUGCUGCACUGGCUGCUGGGGAAACGCACUUUGGUCAAUAUGCUAAAUUAGUCAAGAAGGUAGAAUUUCAGGGACCUAUUUCUGAGAAUGAAAGCCUAUUCAAACUUUUGCAAUGGAACGUAGAUAAUGUGCCUUUCUGGUGAAUUAGUUUUGUUAUGAAGAUGCCAAUAUGUAUAUUUCAGUAAUAAAGCGGUUUUUGCAUACGAAGAUA